GGACUCACGCGGCGCGCCCGGGCCGCCCCUCCUCCCCGCGCCGCCGGCCGCGGCCCAGGCUCCCUCGCUCCGCCACUCCCCGCCCCUCCGCGCUCCCUCCCCGCCCUCCCCGCGCCGCCGCCUCCUCCUCCCGGCCUCCCUCUCCCAGCCAAACUGAAAGCCGGACCCCAGGCCGCCGCGCUGCCGCCCGGCCUCCCCGCCAGCGCGCCACCAUGGGCAGUCCCGGUUUCCCCUUGUAAAGAUGGCGGUGAGGGAUCGCUGCAACCUUUAGACUAAUGACUGUCCGAAACAUCGCCUCCAUCUGUAAUAUGGGCACCAAUGCCUCUGCUCUGGAAAAAGACAUUGGUCCAGAGCAGUUUCCAAUCAAUGAACACUAUUUCGGAUUGGUCAAUUUUGGAAACACAUGCUACUGUAACUCCGUGCUUCAGGCAUUGUACUUCUGCCGUCCAUUCCGGGAGAAUGUGUUGGCAUACAAGGCCCAGCAAAAGAAGAAGGAAAACUUGCUGACGUGCCUGGCGGACCUUUUCCACAGCAUUGCCACGCAGAAGAAGAAGGUUGGCGUCAUCCCACCAAAGAAGUUCAUUUCAAGGCUGAGAAAAGAGAAUGAUCUCUUUGAUAACUACAUGCAGCAGGAUGCUCAUGAAUUUUUAAAUUAUUUGCUAAACACUAUUGCGGACAUCCUGCAGGAGGAGAAGAAACAGGAAAAACAAAAUGGAAAAUUAAAAAAUGGCAACAUGAAUGAACCUGCGGAAAAUAAUAAACCAGAACUCACCUGGGUCCAUGAGAUUUUUCAGGGAACGCUUACCAAUGAAACUCGAUGCUUGAACUGUGAAACUGUUAGUAGCAAAGAUGAAGAUUUUCUUGACCUUUCUGUUGAUGUGGAGCAGAAUACAUCCAUUACCCACUGUCUAAGAGACUUCAGCAACACAGAAACACUGUGUAGUGAACAAAAAUAUUAUUGUGAAACAUGCUGCAGCAAACAAGAAGCCCAGAAAAGGAUGAGGGUAAAAAAGCUGCCCAUGAUCUUGGCCCUGCACCUAAAGCGGUUCAAGUACAUGGAGCAGCUGCACAGAUACACCAAGCUGUCUUACCGUGUGGUCUUCCCUCUGGAACUCCGGCUCUUCAACACCUCCAGUGAUGCAGUGAACCUGGACCGCAUGUAUGACUUGGUUGCCGUGGUCGUUCACUGUGGCAGUGGUCCUAAUCGUGGGCAUUAUAUCACUAUUGUGAAAAGUCACGGCUUCUGGCUUUUGUUUGAUGAUGACAUUGUAGAGAAAAUAGAUGCUCAAGCUAUUGAAGAAUUCUAUGGCCUGACGUCAGAUAUAUCAAAAAAUUCAGAAUCUGGAUAUAUUUUAUUCUAUCAGUCAAGAGAGUAACUUAAAGAACUGUGGGACUAAUUCAAAUGGGGGAAAAUGUUCAAAGCACUAUUACCUGGUUUCUCUGCAGUCUUUCUUCUUCCCCAGUGGCCCACUAAUGGUAUCACUCCGAGUCUCAAUGGUCUGGCUGUGUUAGACUCUCUCCUUUUGUGUUUUUACAUGCAGCACUACUCUUGGUUUUAUUUCAGUCUGACAUAGAGUUAACUGCAAUCAGAUUGUAGUCUGAUUUAUAUGAAUAACAGUUGCUAAUUUUAGGACUGGGUGAAAGCUAUGCCAUUCAUUAUGUCUGGCUGUAUUAGAAUGACAUUUCCUAUGAAUGUCUACGGUCUGUUUUAGGUGUUUGCUAAACUUCUAUGGCUUCCAGGGUCUUCUUACAAUGCAUUCCUUUAACUUGUCCCUGGAAGCAUUGCUACCCAUUUUCAGCUUCUCUGCCUCUCUUCUGAUACAAGGACAGAAGAAUUGGGUAGAUACUCACCUUUUAGGGGUGCAAGUAUAGCUUUAAGUUUGUGCAAGUGAAAAUGUUGAAAAGUGAGUAACCUCGAUAUUAAAAUCAUCCUUGACAUGAAACAGGGUGAAGAGAAGCUGUCCGUGGUGGCUGGUGUUGGCUGGCAUUGGCACUGGGCUGUGCUGACCUAGCCAUUAGAAUUCCAGGGGCUAAGAAGGCUCAGGGCAGACAAAGUCAAGAGGAGGAAGUUUUUGUGGACAAUGAAAAGUUAUUUUCGUACCUUUCUACCAAAACCAAGUUUCAGGAAAAUAACUCUAUGUUGUUUAUUUUCAGUGACACUUACGUAAGGCCCUGUGAGUUGUAUUUAUCCUGUAUCCGGCACUGCUAAGCUUUUCAAGGUAUCUUUCCAAUCCUGCUGAUGUGGCAGUCAAUGGCUGCAGGGCUGGCAAACCUCCCCUUAGCCAGUCAGCACGGCAUUGUUCCUUAUCAGGAAUAACAAAGGUACUGCAUCUUUCCAGCCAUCAGCACAUUGUACAACUUAACUUUUUAACAUAGUCCGUCUGUUUACUGAGGCACUGGCGAGUCCCAGGGCUGAUACAGAACCUUCCCUAGAGGGAAUACCAGAGUUAGCUGGGUAUGGAGGUGGCUCAAAGGAAGUGUCCGUGGGCAGGGGGAGGAAUGAACAAAAUGGCGCUGUUUCUUUGGCUCAGACUCCUAGAAUGCUUGACAAGACAGAAUUUUUUUGGAAGAACCUCAUCUCACUAUAGUUACUUUUUUCACUUUUGUUAUGUAUGUAUUUAUUAGAGCAUUUGAAUAUUGGUACCUUUUAAAAGGGUCAUUUGGUGUUUUGCUGUUGAGCUGGUUUUUGAGUCAUAGAUCUUGGCUUCCUUUAGAAGUCACUUAAUUUCCAUACACUAUAAUAAACUGUGAACAUAUUUUUGUUACCUAAUGCAUCCACUGAUGAACAUGCAAACUUUGGGCAUAAUGUGAACUAAAAUUGAAAUGGAAAAUGUUAGUGGCCAUUUUGCAACAAUGAAGAGGAUAGCACUUUAUCUAGAUGAAAACUGGAUUUCUUAUCUUUGAAAUAUCUUGAACUGUUUAUUGCUCAGAACUUAAGUAAGCAUGCCAACAUUUCGUUUGUUUAUGCUUGAAGUGAAAUGUUUUACUUUUCACUGGAGAAGACAAAACAGGGUGAUCUUCAUGUUAUUGUUUUAUACAAGUGAUGGAAAUGUACCUUGCCUUGUUUAGAGGCAAUUUCACAUUUAUAAAUAUUUUUUUUUCCUCCAUGAAACUUACGCAGUAAUCACUACCUGGAAGGUGAGUUUUGAUCUCUUUUUAAGGAGAGGCACUUUCCAACUGAAGGUGAUUGAUGUAGGGAAAUGUUUGUACUAUAUAGAAUCCAUAUAUUUGACUGCAAGUUACAAAGUUUUGAGAACAUGAUGGUUGGUCUCUAAUAUAUUUGGAACUGAUUCAUAAGAAAAGUUAUUAAAAUUAUCUUUGAAACAC